GAUCUCCGAAAAUGACUUAAAUUUGACAAUAUUUGCACAAAUUUUUUGAAUAAGGCAAGUGGUCAAACUUAGAAUAAAAAAAGUUAAAUGAACUACAAUUUGAAACGGAGUUAGUAUCAUAUGCCGAUUAGUUAAGAAAUUAUCAGGUGCUUCUGUCGGACUGCAAAUUGGGGGAGGCCCAACUCGAAAAAGGGACGGACGACAUUAGCUCGAAAAAGGGACGGACGACAUCGGAUUCCGCGCGAUGACAAAGACCGACCGAGAGCCUCUCCACAGGCCGGCUCACGCACUACUCACUCGCACCCGGCCCUUACUCUCACCACACAGACUCUGCGCUGAGCUUGAUCUCGACGUGGUAAUGGAUGCGGCAAGCAAGAAGGCCUACGUGAUUGCGAUAGUUCUGCAGGUGAUCUACACAGGGUUCUCCGUGCUAUCCAAGGCCGCCUUGGACCACGGCAUGAGCAUCGUCGUCUUCAACUUCUACCGCCAGGCGACCGGCUCCCUUCUCCUGCUCCCCGCCGCCCUCCUCUUCCAAAGGAAAAAUGUGACGUCGAUGCCGUUGAUGUUGCUGCUGAAGCUCUUCUUGUGUGCCUUAUUCGGGAAUACAUUAAGCUUGAAUAUGUACAAUGUUAGCCUGAAGCUCACGUCUGCAACCCUGGUGGCAGCAGCAGGCAACGCCGUGCCUGCAGUCACCCUCUGCAUGGCCUUGCUACUCAGGAUGGAGGUGGUGAACCUGAGGAGCUCCUCUGGCAUCGCCAAGGUCAGCGGCGCAGCGCUCUGCCUCGCCGGCGUCUUGAUCAUGGCCUUCUACGCGGGGCCAGGGCUGAGCCCUGUCAGCCACCACCGUGCCUUCACCGCCCAUGCUCGGGGCUCGGGCGCCCAUGCGAGUACCUCAAAGGCGGCGUGGAUCCUAGGGACGUUCCUCAUGGUCAUCAAUAACAUAGCGUGGUCCCUAAACGCCGUCUGGCAGGCUAGAAUCCUCAAGGAGUUCCCUAACAGGAUGCUUGUGGCUGUCUCACUCUGCGUGUUCAGCGCACUGCAGACGUUGGUCAUCGCGGCAGUGGCCGAGAGGGACUUCUCUAGGUGGAAGCUCCGGCUGGAUGUCAGCUUGGUCGCCAUCGCCUACAAUGGUUUUCUGGUGACUGGAGUGUCGUACUACCUGCAAGCGUGGUGUGUGGAGAUGAAGGGCCCCGUCUUCUUCGCAGCCUGGCUCCCGCUCUACUCCGUCUUCACAAUGCUUUGUUCCUCCUUCUUUCUGGGAGAGAUUGUUCACCUCGGCAGUAUUUUGGGUGGGAUCCUGCUGAUUGGAGGACUUUACAGCGUGUUGUGGGGUAAAAGCAAGGAGAGUGAGUUUGCAUCGUGCAGCGACACGAAUACGAUCGAUGGUGCACAAGAUGAGCAGCCGGAGCACAACAAACCUGACGCAGAUGAGGCAGCAAAAUCAGCAGCAGCGAGUGGACUAGUCUGAUGGAUCACCGAAGCAUGCAGUUGACGUGCUGAUUUACCUUUUGUUUAUGCUUUUUUUAUUGUGGGAGACGCCCAAGCCCUUAGACCAUUGCAAGUACUACUUAGUGCACCACCAUCUAUAUAUAAUGCAUAAAUGAAGUCAUGCGUGCAGAUAAUUAAGAAAGGGUGCUCGAGUAUUUUUCUUUUCAGGGAUGAAUGCUCCCCAGAGACAGAAGGUAUAAGUCCAGUAUUUUUCAGAGGUUUGCGCCCCGUGAGCACCAUUCCCUUUUCACUUUCCAGGUAGUGAAGGGAAUUUUCCCGGGAGGUGAACACCUACAACCAACUCAGUAUAAUUUUAAGCCGUAUUGGUAACGAAUUUGGUUCAGGUCGGAUUCAAACUUUUGACCAAUAUGAUUGCAUAUUAACUAGAUUUCAUCCACUUAGCUCCAGUGAUUACAGAUGACCCUACUAUGCAGAUCAAAUGUAAUUCUUCUUUCUCCCUCUCAUAUUCACAAUGUUUGGAUGAACCAGAGCUCCAAAACCAACAGUAAUCAUUUAGGAUGUGGAAAAGUGUUGUGUAAGCUGCAAAA